CGUACCAUGUAACUUCCAGUUUCAGUUCCAUGGUUUUUGGAGCUUAUUAUUAUAGCUUUAUACAGCAUCAAAUAACAGAAAAACACAGAUUGAUUUUGAAAUUGAAAGAAACCAAACAGAAAAAAGAAAAAUAAACAGAACAUGAAAAGAAUCGGUGUAAACCAGAAGACAAGAAAACGAGGAAGGAAGGAAGAAAGAAGGAGAAAGGCAUAGGUGCAAGUUAGCCUAUUUACAUCAUUCUCCGUGGGUCAAACUCGAAGGAGGGUUUGGAUUAGUGUUCGUUCAAAGACGGAGAAAUCUCAAGGAGAGAUUAGGGUUUGUGGAAUUCGGAAAGGGGCUUCCUUUCAGUUUCUGGAAUCGAGAAAUCAGUGAUGCAGUGAUUGGGGUUUGUUUCCGAGAAUCAGGAACAAUGAUAAUCAAACGGAAAUUGAAAACUCGAAUGCCGAGUUUGAAACGACGCAGCAACUCGACUAAUGAGGAAGACGACGGUGGAGCAGCUCGAAAGAAGAGAAAAGUGAGCUUCAAUGGCGGUGGUGGUGGUGGUGAUUACUAUUACCCUCUCAAUCUUCUCCAAGAGAUUGCUGCCGGGAUAGUUCCGGGGAAGCUCAACGGAAAGAAUGGAUUCUCUGCUUCGUGGUGCAAAGAAACCUCAUCUUCUCCCGUUGAGGUCGAGUUGGAGUCAAAGUCAAAGAGAUUAGCUUCUGAUCCUGGCCGUGGGAGAGAUCGGACGGGUGACGUUUCUCGGCCACCGCUUGUGAGGACAUCCAGGGGACGAGUUCAGGUGCUUCCUUCUCGGUUUAACGACUCGGUUAUCGAGAAUUGGAGGAAAGACGGCAAAAGCAGUGGCGAAGAACGCGAGGAAGAGAUUGAGGAAUGCAGAAAGGAGAAAGUCAAAGCUAGUAGUAAUCACAGUUUGAAAAUCAGGCAACAUGAAGCUAAAUUCGCUCCUAGAAACCAUAAGUAUAGUAGUGCAUUGUGUGAAGAGAGAGAUGAUGAUGAUGAUGAUGAUGAUGACUGCGAAGAGAUUGUAAGAUACAGCAACAGCGACAUGAGGAAGCAUUCACGCACUGCUAAGCUUGCUUGUCUUCACGAGCAACGUUUCAUCGAAGAGGAGGCUCGUCCUAAGAAAGAAGGUGUUUACGGGCCAGAGGAUUUUUAUUCUGGUGAUUUGGUUUGGGGUAAAUCCGGGAGAAACGAGCCGUUUUGGCCGGCUAUUGUUAUCGAUCCGAUGACUCAAGCGCCCGAACUUGUUUUGCGUUCUUGUAUACCUGAUGCUGCAUGUGUCAUGUUCUUUGGUCACUCUGGGACAGAGAACGAAAGGGACUAUGCGUGGGUAAGAAGGGGCAUGAUCUUCCCUUUUGUGGAUUAUGUAGACAGGUUUCAAGAACAGUCCGAGCUGCGUGGAUGCAACCCUGGUGAUUUCCAGAUAGCGCUUGAAGAAGCACUUAUGGCAGACCAAGGAUUCACAGAGAAACUCAUGCAGGAUAUUAACAUGGCCGCUGGUAACCAGACUUUUGAUGAUUCUGUCUACAGAUGGAUCCAAGAAGCUGCAGGGUCGAGCCAAUAUCUCGAUCAAGACAUGUUGAAAAAAUACAGAAAUCCAAGAGCAUGUGUAGGAUGUGGAGUGAUACUUUCUUUUAAGAUGGCACAGAAAAUGAAAGCUCUGAUUCCCGGAGAUCAACUAUUGUGUAAACCUUGCUCAAAGUUGACAAAACCAAAACAGGUUUGUGGUAUAUGCAAGAAGAUAUGGAAUCAUUCGGAUAGUCAGAGCUGGGUGCGUUGUGAUGGUUGUAAAGUGUGGAUUCACAGAGUGUGUGAUAAAAUAUCACAUAAGCAUUUUAAGGAUUUGGAGGAAACAGAUUACUAUUGCCCCACCUGCAGAACAAAAUUCAACUUUGAGCUAUCUGAUUCAGAAAAACAAGACACAAAAUCCAAACCUGGCAAAAACAAUGCCUCCAUGGUGCUUCCUGACAAAGUUACUGUUGUAUGCUCCGGAGUAGAAGGCAUAUAUUUUCCAAGCCUUCAUCUAGUUGUAUGUAAGUGUGGAUCUUGUGGACCUGAAAGGAAAGCACUUAGUGAAUGGGAAAGGCAUACUGGUUCAAAAGCCAAAAAUUGGAGGACUAGUGUUAAAGUUAAAAGCUCCAAGCUGCCUCUAGAAGAAUGGAUGCUGAAAUUAGCCGAGUUCCACGCAAAUGCUACUGCAGCAAAACCUCCUAAACGACCUUCUAUAAAGCAGAGAAAGCAGCGGUUGCUUUCCUUUCUUAGAGUUCAUCAGGAAUGCUAUGGGACAAGAAACGUUCGUGACUUCACAUCAUGGGUCUGCAAAGCCUGCGAGACACCUGAGAUCAAACGAGAGUGUUGUCUCUGUCCUGUAAAAGGAGGUGCAUUGAAGCCCACUGAUGUGGAGACACUGUGGGUUCACGUGACAUGUGCUUGGUUUCAGCCUGAAGUAUGUUUUGCAAGUGAAGAAAAAAUGGAACCAGCUUUGGGGAUUUUGAGUAUUCCAUCAAGUAAUUUUGUGAAGAUUUGUGUGAUAUGCAAGCAAAUACAUGGCUCGUGCACUCAGUGUUGCAAGUGCUCUACUUAUUAUCAUGCCAUGUGUGCUUCCCGAGCUGGGUAUAGAAUGGAGUUGCACUGCUUGGAGAAAAAUGGUCGACAGAUAACAAAGAUGGUGUCGUAUUGUGCUUAUCACAGGGCUCCGAAUCCAGAUACUGUGCUAAUUAUACAAACGCCUUCAGGAAUCUUCUCUGCCAAAAGUCUUGUGCAAAACAAGAAGAGAACGGGUUCGAGGCUUAUUUUAGCAAACAGAGAAGAAGUUGAAGAGUCCCCUGCAGAGGAUAUCGUACCAGUUGAUCCAUUUUCUUCUGCUCGUUGUCGAGUGUUUAAAAGAAAGGUUAAUAGCAAGAAGAGGACUGAAGAAGAAGGUAUUCCUCAUUACACUGGAGGACCACGUCAUCAUCCUUCAGCAGCGAUCCAAACUCUGAACGCAUUCAGGCAUGUGGCAGAAGAACCCAAAUCAUUUUCCUCGUUCAGGGAACGGCUUCACCACUUGCAGAGGACAGAAGUGGAUCGGGUCUGCUUUGGUCGAUCUGGGAUACAUGGAUGGGGUCUUUUCGCGAGAAGAAUUAUUCAAGAAGGAGAAAUGGUUCUUGAAUACCGCGGAGAACAAGUGAGAGGAAUCAUUGCAGACUUAAGGGAAGCAAGAUAUCGUAGGGAAGGGAAGGAUUGCUAUCUGUUUAAGAUCAGUGAGGAAGUAGUGGUGGAUGCUACAGAAAAAGGGAAUAUCGCUAGACUUAUUAACCAUUCGUGUAUGCCAAAUUGCUAUGCAAGGAUUAUGAGUGUAGGAGAUGACGAAAGUCGGAUUGUUCUGAUUGCUAAGACCACCGUACCUGCUGGCGAGGAGUUAACAUAUGAUUACUUGUUUGAUCCAGAUGAGCCAGAUGAAUUCAAGGUGCCAUGUCUAUGCAAAUCUCUCAACUGCAGGAAAUUCAUGAACUAGAGAAACUUUGUUGUAGCUGCUCUUACACAUAAGAAGAAGAAGCCAAGAACCUGACUACUACUAACUCAAGAACAUGUUGCUCUCCACGCUUGAAUAGGGGAAUCUCGUGGAGCUUAAAGCUGAUGAUGACAUUGUUCCUUUGCAUAGAGACACGACUCUUUUUCGUUAUCCGAAUAAGGCACUUCUUCUAUUUAGUUUUUUUGUAGGUAGAAACACACUAGGGGAGGUUUGUGUAGCUAAGUUGUUUCUCAUUUGCCAUUUUCUGUAUAGAUAACUCUUUGAACUUUCACCUUUUUAGGGUUUCAAUUACUCAAAAGAUUGAAAAGCAAAGAGAAAUGAGACUAGAAAGCUUUUUUUCUUUUUCUCUAAAGUUUUAUUAUUAUUUUCUUUUGGCACGAAAUGAGUAAAGAGGGCAACAAAAGAAAAAGGAACAGAAGCAAAAUGGAUUUUUGAGGAGAAUAAUAAAAACUGCAUUGCAAGUAAAAGAAAAGAUAAAAAAUAGCAAAACAAAAGCAGGAGAAUGGAAUUAUAGAAAAUGUCUUAAUGUGUACUUUGAGGAGAAUGAUGUAUCCGACUUAUUACUGACUCAUCAGAUUCAUGAACUAAUGGUUCCGUUACCUUCGGAGAUACAUCCCCAACAACUACAUCACCAUCAUCAGCUUCAUUCUUCUCUUCUGCUUCUUCUUCUUCUUCUUCUUCUUCCAUCUUCUCGUCCUCAGCCAAAUCCUUCUUGUGCUCAUCAACCUCCAUAGCCACGAGAGCCGGUGAAGCUAUAUUCAAGGUAACAGGAUCACCUUCUGGACCACCAUCAUGUGCAGGAGCUGUCUCCAUUGUUUCGUCUUCACCAGCUCCUUCAUCUGACUUUGUCUCCAUUGUUUGGUCUUCACCAGCUCCUUCAUCUGACUUUGUCUCCAUUGUCUGGUCUUCACCGGCUCCUUCAUCUGACUUUGUCUCCAUUGUCUGGUCUUCAUCACUUCCUUCAUCUGACUUUGCAUCUUGCUCAUAACCUUCAAUGUGAUCUGGAACCACAGCCUCCGGAGCCUCAGGUGACUUGUCUGCAUUGGGAGAUGAAGAUCCUUCGUCUUUUGUUUCUAUCACCAUUCCAGCAUCCACAGGUGACGACGACACAUUUUGCUGUUCCUUUUGACAUGUUUCUGGAUCUGGCACAUCCGCAAUAUUCACAUCUGAUGUCUCCAUGAAACUAUUUCCUUUCAUGGCAUCAUUCACAUCAUCAUUGGUAUCGUUUUCAACCAAAUUGGAAGGAGAGGCUCGAGGAGGCCCGUAAUUGUCGACAUUUGGAAGACCCUUUAACUCAAAUCUUUGCUUCUUGUAAAGGUCCAUCGCUAUCUGAAACACUGAAUUGUUUUGAGAAGGAAACAGUGAAAGGGUCGUCAAGGAAGUACUCUUGCUUUUGGGCACUCUCUUCCCACCUUCCUGCCAUUUACAAACACAGCAGGUCCAUCAUCAACUGUCAGACGUUCUUCACCCAUCAAUAAGCUAAUGCUUUCCCGCAGCUCAAGAUCAGCAAGCUCUACCGAUAUAUCAAGCUUUGAGAGAUAAUGCCGGCGAUAACGUUCAGUGUUAUCAAUUUUUUCUGGCACAGGAUCUUCCGCCACAACUUCCAACUCAGUGUUGGGAGAACUCGCAGGCAGUUCUUUUGCUGGAGAUGUUGGAUUCGACCCAGCUUCGACGCUUUUUGCCCUAUUGUUAUCAGAGUGGCUUGUUUGGCCGCCAAGAGACUCAUCAUCAGCAACCUGUGCCGAGUUGUCAUCUUUAACAGACAUUGAUGAGACUUCCAUGCUUGCAUCUCCAUUUCGGUUUUUCCAUUCAUCUGCACCAGAUUCCCAACCCCGGCUCUGCAUCCUCCUGUUAUGGUCCCACUCAGGUCCUCCAUACAUGUUUGACUCAUCCCUGUAAACGCUAUUACUCAUAUCCCCAAAAAAGCUAUGCAUGUGAGAAGCGCCUGAGCCAUCCAUCAUAUUCGGCCACCCGAGUGGACGCAUGUGACCAGAGAACCUCUCAGCAUCAGGUAUAUGGUAAGGGAUUCCAGGAUGAUUCAUUUCCAUUGAAGGCCUCACCGCAAAGAUAGCUGGAGACUGGAAUUGAGGCAUCAUAGCUUGGAAACCUCCAUGAGGUUGAACGUGUUGAAAUGGCAUAAAUCCAUUUGGAAGUGGAGAUGGCCAGCUUGGGACACCUCUCCAUACAUUACCUUGCCCUCUUCCCAUAGAGGUAUCAACGCCUCUCUUAUAACGACCACCGUUAUUGCCCCUGUUAUCAUCGUCACGAAGGCUCACUCUAGGGCUACUGAUGCCACUCCGAGAUUCAGGUCGUGGAGGAAAAGAAGAAUUGUUCUGGUUGGCUCUAUUGUUGAAAGAUAAUUCUGCCUGAGAUGUCUCAUCUACCAGAAGCCUUUCGUCCUCAGCUGCCGAAAAAUCCCUAGCGUUGUUCCUGUGACCUGCUUCUUCAAUCUCAAGACUCCGUCUUGCACCACUCCGAUUAUUGUAUCUCCGUUCGAGACUCGUUGAAGAGGGAGAUCUUUCAACCAUGGGUCGAGGUGAAGCUUUUGUGGCAGAAGACCUUUCACCCUGAAACUCGCCCAAAAUACCAUCUUCCAUCUUUACUGUUUUCUCAGAAACUCUAUGUCUUGGACCUCUCUCCGACCCUCCAGACAGCUCGGCCGCCUCCCUGGAAGAGACCCCUUUGGUUAUCUGAUCCGCCACAUUCCUGUUUCACCACAAACAACCGAGCUGGAAGGCUGACGCUCUGAUCUUAUCACGUCACCAUCAGGCUCUGCUCUGUUACUUCUAGUGCUCAUGAUGACCUCUUGAUAAUCUUGAUAAUCUGGAGAUUUCCUACCUUCCCUCUUAUCCUUAUAACGACCACUUUGAUCGUCUAGACGCGACACAUCGCGAUCACUGUCCCUUUCCCGGUCACUUUUACUCCUUUUCCCAUCAUGAUAAUACUCACGACUACGGUCUUUUUCUCUGUCAUGGGUCCUGUCCCUAUCAUGAUCCCUGUCACGGUCUCUACUCCUAUCACGGUCCCAAUCGCGUUCAUGGUAACGAUCAUGCUCAUAAUCCCGACGAUCGCGAUCACGUUCCCUAUCCCUAUCCCUAUCACGGUCCCUAUCUCGCUCAUAAUCACGAUCACGAGCUCGUUCGCGGUCCCGUUCAUUUCGAUCACUUUCUCUCUCAUAGUCCCGGUUGCGUUCACGCUCAUGAUAUCCAUCAUGUUCACUGUCAGGCUCAUGGCCAUGGUCAUUAUCCUGAAAUUUAGAUUUUUUUUUACUGUCAUCCCAGAGGAGCUUCUCCUCAGACCUAUGAUGCUCUUUAACAGGUCGGUCAUCUCUCUGCUUGUCACCUUUCUGUUUGAUGUCUUCUUCCUUGUCUUCCCGAUAUUUAUCUCUGGAUUUCUCUCCCUUCUGUUUUCCAUCUUUGAUGUAGUCAUCUUUAACGUAGUCAUCACCAACAUCAUCACUGUUAUCUUGAUGCUUGUCACCAACACCGUGAUCAUCCUUCUUACGCCUUGAUCGCUUCUCAGAAUGAUUCUCCGUACCUGGACUCCUUAGUUGAUCCUGAGCUUUAGACUCUGUUUUAUCAGAGGCAGCCUUGGAUUUAUGGUGUUCUUCACCAUCAUAAAACUUCUCACUUUUGCCUUCUUUGUACUUCCUAUCUUUCUCCCGAUCCUUUUCCUUGUCAAACUCUUUGCUUUCCCUUCUACUAGACUCUCUAUGCUUCCCAUCGCUUUUACCACUACUCUUCUUCGUCUCCUCACCAUCUACUUCCUCUCUCCUCCUACUCUUCUCACUAGACGCCUUCGUCUUCUUCGAACUCUCCCCUUUCUCAUCAUCUUUACCAUUCCACCUAUCACUACCACUCUCACCGGAUUUUCCUUUCCGCCGCUUAGAGGAAGUGUACUCCUCGUAGUACUCGCCAUUAACCGAAUCGUAAUACUCCUUGGAAUCGAGCUUUCGCUUGUCACCAGAACCAGAAUCCUUGGAAACCCUAGCGCUGCUCUCGUCUUUGCUCUUCCUCUCCUUCAAACUCGACUCUUUCUCCGAAUCAGAGUACUCCCUCGCAUCCUUAUGCUUACUCGACUUGUGCCUCGUACUCCUUGGCAUCUCGAGAAAAUCACUUCGACAGCAGUAAUGAAAUCAGAAAAGAGGGGAAACCGAACUUACACAGCCGCAAAAACCUCCGCAAAUCACAAAACCCCCAAUCUACGAAAAACUGAUUCUUCUCGAUUCCGAAUCGGUAACCCUAAUCGAGGUUUUCGAAGGGGAUUUGAUCUCACAGCAAGUCGCGAAACGAUACAAGACACUAGGGGAUGAGAAACGGUGGCCGAAGAAUCCAGAUCACCGGAGAUUCGACGGCCGGCGGCGAGAUUUAAAUGGAGAAAUUACAAAAGAGCCACGGAGCGGGAGAUAGAGGAUAAAAAUGGAAGAGAGAGAGAGAGAGAGAGGCCGUAAUGCCCUUUCGAUGCUCAAGAGAGAAACGAGAAAAUGUGUUGCGUUCGAUUAACUGUUUUUUUUUCAGACAAGGGGAAG